ACUACGCGCGCUGUGUACCACCGAGGCUUCUUUUAGUCGGACGUUGUGUACAUUGGGAGAACGGUAGCUAUACACCGUCAAUAUAGCGUUGCUGCUCCUUUUGAAUCGCCGAGCUUUUCUACUUUUUUUUUUUUUUUUUUUUUCUUCAAAUUUCUCUCUUUCGGAGUUGACACGCGAGUGCUCUGUUUCGUGGUGCGGCUUUGGGCGAGUGUUAAUUGUGCUUGCUUGCUUGGUUACUGAGAGAAGCGCCGGCUACACCAAGGUGUCAGGGCAACGCUAAAGGAAAAAAUCGUCGAGCGCGCUGCAGCAUCCAAAGCAUCGGUACCAUGAGGUACAAGGUGAACGACCCGGAGAGUCCAACGGCACAACAGCAGCAGCAGAGAGGCACUGGUGUCCCCGAUGAUGCUGCCAGAAGGAGCUCAUGGCAACAGCAGUACAGCGAGCAAUGGGACGAGAAGAAGGCGAGGGCCAAGGAAACGAGGCUAAUAAUCAUCGUGGGCCUGCUCGCGGUCGCUGUGAUUGCCCUAGUCGUGACGCUCACCCUCCAAAUGGCUGUUUUCGGCAGACAGUCCGAGUACAAGGAGAUGUGCCAGAGCGAGGACUGCAUCAGGACGGCGGCGCGCGUGAUGAACGGACUGAACCGCAGCGUCGAGCCGUGCCAGGACUUUUACAAGUUCGCCUGCGGCGGCUGGAUAGCCAAGAACCCGAUACCCCAGAAUCAAAUAUCCUGGGACCAGCUGAACUUGCUGAGAGAGGAGCUUGUCAAGAAUCUGAGGAUACUCCUCGAGGAGCCUGACCGCGACGACGAGCCCAAAGCCGUGGGCAAGGCCAGGUCCUUUUACCGCACUUGCAUGGAUACCGCGAGCGCCGAGGCUAUGGGUCUGACGCCGGUCUUCGAGAGCAUGGCUAGGCUGGGUUUGCCCCGGGAGAUCCCCUUGGAGGACAAGGACACGUUCGAGUUCGACCUCGCUUGGCUGGCCGGUGCAAGUCACCGGCAACUCGGCAUCAACGUCAUGCUCAGCUUCUACAUCAGCGAGGACGUCAGGAACACUUCGCGCAACCGCAUGAUGAUGGAGCAGGUAUUGACGGGCUUCCUGAGCGAGCGCUACUUGCUCGACCCUCAGCGCUUCCAGACGGAGAUCGAGGAGUACAAGAAGUACAUAAAGUCAAUGGUCGAGCUGAUCGGAGCCGGUGAACGCAGCGCCGACUUUGCCGAGGAGAUACUCGAAUUCAGUACCAAAAUUGCAAAGAUCCUAUCGACCCCCGAGGAGCGCAGAAGUGCCAACCAUUUGUUUUACGACAUCACCGUUCACGAGCUCCAACAGGCAACGGACAUCGGUGCGGCUCAGUGGAAUUGGACGACGUACCUGGACAGCGCCUUCAACAACACGAAUGUGACGAUCGUACCGAGCGAGGACCGGGUGAUUGUCAUGGACCUGGACUAUUUGCGGAAGCUGUCUCAGCUGCUUGACGUCACGCCCCGGCCGACAUUGGCGAGGUACGUGUGGUGGAGCGUUUUCUCAUCGCUGGCGCCGCUGACGCUGCAACGGUUCCACGAUCUCGGCUUCGAGUUCACGCGCAAGGCGUUCGGCCUGAAGGAAAUGACGCCCAGAUGGAAGCGCUGCACCAGCAACGUCAACUCCGCCUUUGGCAUGGCUCUCAGCUACGUUUACGUGCUAAGGCACUUUGACGGCGAGGCGCGAGAAAAGGCGCUGAAAAUGCUGACGGACGUGCGGAUGGCUUUCGACAGCAUGGUCUCGGAGCUCGACUGGAUGGACGGGGACACGCGAGCCAGAGCCCACCGCAAGUUGCACGCGAUGCGGCCCUUCGUUGGUUUUCCCGAGUGGAUCAUGAAUCCCGACAAACUCGACGCAUUCUACAAAAGGGCCGAGGUGAUCGAGGGCAAGCUGUUCGAGACGUUUCUCAAGCUGACCGACGUUAACGUGAGAAAGAGCUUGCGCAGCCUCAGGGAGAAACCAGACAAGAACAGGUGGAUAAGCACCGGGACGACCGUCAACGCCUUUUACAGCGCCAUACUCAACUCCGUCACCUUCCCGGCCGGGAUUCUCCAUCCUCCCUUCUACGGUAAUGGACUCGAGUCCAUAAACUACGGCGCUAUGGGAGCGAUAAUGGGCCACGAAUUAACGCACGGCUUCGACGACCAAGGCAGGAGAUACGACGAGAACGGGAAUCUGCGCCAGUGGUGGAGCGACGAGACGCUCAAGCACUACCAGAGCAAAGUCGAGUGCAUCAUCAAACAGUACGGCAGUUACCGUCUCCCCGAGCUAGGUAACAAUUUCACGGUGAACGGUAUAAACACCCAAGGUGAGAAUAUAGCGGACAACGGUGGUAUUCGCGAGGCUUAUCGGGCCUACGAGAAACUGAGGUCGCGCAGUCCAAAUCAACUGGCGUUGCCUGGUCUUGUCGACUACAGUCAAGAGCAGCUCUUCUUCAUUGGUUUUGCACAGGUCUGGUGCGGCAACAACACGAACGGUGCCCUCAAGUCGAAGCUCAUCGAGGGUGUGCACGCACCAAAUCACUUCCGGGUUAUCGGCACUUUGUCGAACAACGCGGACUUUGCCAAAGCUUGGAAGUGCCCAAUCGGUAGUCCCAUGAAUCCGGCCCACAAGUGCAUCCUAUGGUGAUGAUGAUGAUGGUGCACCUAAAUUUGACAGCAGUACUUUUUUUACAUUACACGUGUAUCGUGAAUUAAACUGUUUGUUGGCUUUUGUCCGCUUAAAAAGGGAUUUGCGUGCGUGGAUGCGAGAGUUAGAACUAGAGAAUUUUUUUUAUUUUUUUUUAAAGAUGUUUGAUUGGGAGCUAUGUUAUACAUUUAUUUGCCAAGUGGACGGAAGUGUACUUAUAUAAUAUGUACAGAGUCGGUGGUGACUGUCAACGUGUCAAAUAGUGUUAGUGAUAGGAAAACAAAUUAAAAUAAUUUAAUAAUUGUAAUUGUUAAGUUAAAAAAAAAAAAAAAAAAAAAAAAACC